CGUUUUGAACGUACGCGCGCAAAGACACGCAGUUGAAGCAACAGCUCGACAUCCAAACGCAUUGCAAAAACCGAAUUUUCAAUACAAUAUCCAAGAGUGACCAGAGUCAGCGAAUUCGAUUCGUGUAUACAAAACACCCAACCAAACCCAUCGUAACCAACCACCGUUGUAGCAUUAACCGCCAAGAUGUCUCACUCCGUGACCAUAACACGCACCACCACCAGCACCACCAACACCUCCUACAUUGUGCUCAAUACGGGCUACAUCAAGACCUUUCCCGGCAUUCUUAAGCUCUUCCAGCUGAUCAUUGGCAUCGCUAUUGUCACCCUGAUGGCGAUGAACUACAACACCAAUUCGGUGUACUUUCGCGGACAUCAGGAGCUGUUUCAUUUCCUAAUGGCCACCACAUUUAUGAUAGGGACAUUUUGUUUAUUCCUCGCGUGCAUCACAUCGCUGAGCACGGGUGGCCUCAUCGCCAAGACAAUCUAUGAGCUGAUCUAUCAUAGCGUUGCGGUCAUUCUGCUGCUCGCCUCGUCCAUUUGCCUGCUGCUGAAGUUACGCGACUACAGGCACGAUGCCUUUAUGGCAGCUGCCGUCCUUGGCCUGGUCAACUGUGUGCUCUACUUCAUUAGUGCAUUCCUGGCACAUCGCUCGUAUCGCGGCAUUUAAGCGACUCGAACAGUCGCUGGCAUUUUACAGAAGGCGCACACCAUCAGCAUUAUUGCAAUCAAAACAAAACGAUGAAAGAAUCAAAAUCGUCUACAGCUAUAUAUAUAUAGCUAAAAUCAAUUACCGCACAAGCCAUACCAGAGAGUCUCUUUGUUUGUACUGUUAAAUAUUUGUGGCGCUGUUCAGUGGUUACAUACUCAUAAUACUGUCUACAAACACCAUUACACAUUAUUAUUAUUAUUAUUAUUUGAUUUGAUUUUAAUUUGUAUUUUUAUAAUGUACUUUUUAUCUCACUUCUCUGUCUUUUAUACCAAACAGCAUAUAUUGUAUUCGAAUAAACGUGUCUAUAUGUUUUUA